AUGUUCCUUAUGGUUAUUCUCCUGCAUAUACUGCCGGUGGUGUCUCAAACUGAUCCCCUUCCUGGAGCCGGAUGUGCCCUACAGGCUCACAGCUACUCAACAAACUACAAAGCUGGAGACUUGAUUAUUGGUGCCUUUAUCCAGUUACAUGAAGCUUAUUUGAGGCCUAUACAUUUAUUUAACGUCCAUCCAGAAAGAGUUUCAUGUGCAACAAAAAAGAAGAUUGAAACCACAUUUAAUGGCUCUCUGUCGGUGCUGAUCCAGGAAGGAGAGAUCCCCGGGCCAAAUGAAACGGGACAGAUACACUCACCACUACUGAUGAUCCAAAAGAAAGCUCAGCUGUGUUCUUACCUAUCCAAGAAUGAAACUAAGCAGAACCAGCUUGGAAUUGCGUUCUCCUUUGUAGCUGAAUUGCAAGGGGCGGCCGGGUACAAUCUCUGUCCAACCAGCCCACUGGCUGAGAAGAUGGAGAUUGUACAAGAGGCCAUCCCACAGUCUCUGUGCAAUGAGCCCUGUGCCCCAGGAUACAGGAAAGCUAAAAUAGAAGGGAAGCCAUCUUGUUGCUAUGACUGUGCCAAGUGUGCAGAUGGGGAAAUGUCCAACACAACCGAUGCUUUGAUCUGCUUGAAAUGCCCUGCAUAUCAGAUGCCGGAUAGAAAAAGAACUGCCUGCAUCCCAAAAGCUACAAACUAUCUUUCCUAUAUAGAUACCCUGGGGACCAGUUUAACUGCCAUUGCCUUCAUCCUCUUCAUCACAGCUUCUGUAGUUUUGGGAAUCUUUGUGAAAUAUUGGGAGACUCCUAUAGUGAGAGCCAAUAACCAAAAUCUCAGCUGUCUCCUCCUCAUCUCUCUCAUGUUGUGUUUCCUCUGCACUUUAUUAUUCAUUGGGCGCCCAACUCAGAUAUGUUGUCUCCUCCGACAAGUGACAUUUGGGAUUGUAUUUACUAUUUCUGUUUCUUCUGUGUUGGCUAAAACUCUCACAGUUAUUAUUGCCUUCAAUGCCACAAAGCCUGGGAGCAAGCUGAAGAAGUAUGUAGGAACCCAACUGGCCAUUGUAUUAGUCAUUGUAUGUUCUUUUGGAGAGAUGUUAAUCUCGACUGUGUGGAUGGCCUCCAAUCCCCCAUUCCUGGAAGCUGAUAUGUUUUCUGAAAUGGACACAAUUGUUUUGCUUUGUAAUGAAGGAUCAGUCACUUUCUUCUUCUGUAUAAUUGGAUAUAUAGGGACGUUGGCCCUACUGAGUUUCAUUGCUGCAUUUCUAGCCAAGGAUUUCCCUGACCGAUUUAAUGAGGCUAAAAACAUCACUUUCAGUAUGUUGGGGUUCUGUAGCGUGUGGGGGGCAUUUGUCCCUGCAUACCUGAGCAGUAAGGGCAGUAGAAUGGUGGCAGUUGAGAUAUUUGCCAUCUUAGCCUCCAGUGCUGGGUUAUUGGGCUGUAUAUUUGCCCCUAAAUGUUACAUUAUUUAUCUUAGACCUGAACUGAAUUCAAGAAAAACCACUAUCAGAAAUGCUACAAAAAAAUUACAAGAAAAAAACACCAAAUUCACCUCAAUGUAUUUGGAAUAA